AUGAGUCAGGCCAUCAGUAAACUAAUUGAGCAAUAUCGCUGCACCAAAGAUAAUGACCUUAAGUAUAUGCUUUUGAGGCGGGACUUCGAAAUCAAAGACAUAGAGGAAGAGCUGCUCCCUCUUAUUAAUGAUUUGCUGCUCCCGAUAUUGGUCGAAGAACAAGACAUGGAAAUUCUUAACCUAGUAUCGUUUCAAGUGUUCCCUAAUGUAGUUCUUUGUAUGAUUAACAAUUCUAUUCCUAGUCAGUUGAAAUGGUUAACGAGCUUGGUGUGGAACCCUCUAUUGGAUCAGAGUAUGGUCCAUGCUGAUCGGUCAUUUGUUUUGAUCGAGACGCUAAGAAAUAUACUGCAAAAAAUUGAAAAAGCUUCUCCUCAAGGCUACCGCCAGCCAGUAACCCAUUCACUAGAGUUUAUUUCCAAAUUUAUUGUCGAAAUGAAAAGGCAUAUGUGUGAGAUUGAUGCUGCUCAGCUUUCACAUUCUCUUUCUGAAAGCAAUAUGCUAAUUUACAUAGAAUCUCUAGAUUUGCUAUUGAAGUUAAAUCUCUUUUCAGACGCGACAUGCCCCCCAUCAAUGGCCAAGUUGCCUUUUAGCAUUUUGAAUGACGUUUUCACUAUUGCACAAGAUUAUUCAGCCACUAAUACAAAUGAAAGUAUUGAUAAGAUUACUGAGAAACUAUUCUUGACCUCCACGCAAUUAGCUCAUCCGAUGGACCUGGAAAAGCUAUGCCUCAAAAUUAACUACAGUACUUUAUCAGUGAUUUCUCGAAUAUGGUAUAAGUUUGGUCCCAUAGUUAAUGGACUGUUUGCUGAUCGUCUGUUACCGAUUAUAUCUUCCUCAGCAAUCGUUGAAGAGUGUAGUGUCGAGGAAAUUCUGGAGAUAAUCUAUAACUUCCAUCCAUAUUUUUCAAUUCGUAGACUAAAGGAUAACAGUCCUCUACUAUCGGAGUCUACCAUUAACCAGCUAAGAGAAGGCUUGUUUAGUAUGCUAAGCGGAUUAAACGACUCGUUGAAAAGAGAGCAAAAUGAAAGACUCCAUAGUGACAGCCAAUCGGUCGACGAUGACGACGGUAUUGUUUCAGAUAACGAUCCUGAGCAACAAGCAUACCUCGAGGAACUCAUAUCAGAUGAUUACGAUGAAAACAUGUAUAACAGUGAUACAGAUAACGAAAAUGCAGAUGGUUCAAACCUUGAAGGAAAUGACGAACCUACCAAGGAUAGUAUUGAAACGAACAAAAUUCUUUCAAUAUUUGCUGAGUUGCACUAUCCUCAAGAGGAACGGUUUUCUGAAUUACUCACUGAACUGCAGGCUAAAAUCACCAUAAGUUCAUCUUUUAUCGAUAAGAUCCUUUCGCAAGAGGCAAUCGCAUUAUCUACUUGCGGUGGGGAAAUCGCUGAUUUGAACGAAAUCUUAAAUGAAGUGAAAAGUAACAAACUUACAAGAAAGAACGCUAUUUUUCAUACACUAACACAUACUUUGUCAUUACAAUCUUGCUCCGAAUUGGCCGACUUACAGCUAUCAGUAGAAGUUAUUGAUCAUUUAUUGGUUAAAAACCACUCAAAUAACAUCAACCGAGAUGAGCAGUUCCAAUUGAUCAAGUUGAUACUCCCUCAUCUUAAGACCAAUAAAUCUUUUAUUGACACACUAAAAGCAGGAAACUAUACCCAAAAAAUUGAUGAAGGGGUGACUUUGAGAACAAUGAUUCUUUCUCUACUACUGCAAUUACUUCCAUUGGAUUACUCUAUGCUCGGUGAAAUACUGCCCACUAUCAGUAGAUAUUCUGUGAGGGACAAGGAUCUCACGGUAAGAGAUUUAUCCUUACAGUUACUUAAUCAAAUCCUAAGCAUAUAUUAUAAUUACCUAAUUGGUAUCGAUUGGGACUGGUAUAACAACAAUUUUUAUCAAGUUUUGCAAGAAAAUUGUACAAAAAAAGACAUAGAUACCAACAUUUUGCAAAAAUACCCCCCCUAUUUCCCCUAG